CUCCUCCUCCUCCGUCCCCGUGCCCUGCGGCGGGCUCGGAGCAUGGCGCUGCCGCGGCUCCUGCGGGCAGCAGCCCCGCGGCUCUACAGCACCGUCCCGGCCCCGGCCCCGGCCCCGGCCCCGGCAGGCAGCCGGCCCCGCGCUGACGAUGACAAGCUGCUCACCGAGCCUCUCAACCACCCCGACUUCUUCAGCGUGAAGGAACUCUUCACCCUGAAAGAUCUCUUCGAUGCCCGGGUGCACCUGGGCCACAAAAAGGGAUGUCGGCACAGGUUCAUGGAGCCCUACAUCUUCGGCUGCCGCCUGGACCAGGACAUCAUCGACCUGGAUCAGACCAUGCAGCACCUGCAGCUGGCCCUCAACUUCACGGCCCACGUGGCCUACCGAGGGGGCAUCAUCCUCUUCGUCAGCCGCCGGCGCCAGUUCUGCCACCUGGUCGAGAGCACGGCGCGGGCGUGCGGGGAGUACGCGCACACCCGCUACUGGCAGGGCGGGCUCCUCACCAACGCCCGCAUCCAGUUCGGCCCCGGCGUGCGCCUGCCCGACCUCCUCAUCUUCCUCAGCACCCUCAACAACGUCUUCGAGCCACACGUGGCCAUCCGCGACGCGGCCAAGAUGAACAUCCCCACGGUCGGCGUGGUGGACACGAACUGCAACCCGUGUUUGAUCACCUACCCCAUCCCCGGCAAUGACGACAGCCCCGCGGCCCUGGAGCUCUACUGCAGGCUCUUCAGGAUGACCAUCAUCCGUGCCAAGGACAAGAGGCGGCAGAGCGAGGCCGUGGAGGAGCUGCAGAGGAAAGCCCAGGGCAAGUAGAGCCCCAGGGAUGGGCUCGGUGCCUCUGCUCCACUCCACAGGGUUGGCUCUGCAUCCAGCACCGCUGUUGGCGCAGCUGGCUGGUGGGAAAAGGACCCCCAGCCCUGUGCACGGUGAUCCCACAGCCAUGGAGGGUUUCCAGAUCCAAAAAAUUGUCCAGAGCAAUGCAAGGGAAAAUGGAGCCAGGCUCCUCUCCUUGAGUUUGUCACUGUUGCAGGGAGUGCCACUGUCCUGUGGCUUUCCUGAGCUCAUGAUCUCACCUGAAACCACUUGUAUCUUGUGUCUGUUCUUAGCAAAUAAAGGGAUUUAUCCCUGUGA